AUGGAGGGACUGUAUUUUGCUCGUUCCCCUAACCCGUCCAAACGAUGGCGUUCUCUUAUCAAUCCGAAAAUUAUCGGUCGGCAACCUUCUUUGUACUCCUAUACGACACCGGAAGAUUUUUACUGUCCCGAGACUGUGCGUAGAAUGCUGUCCCGUCUACGUCGCUGGUUACACGAUCUACCCUCACCGGUGGCCUUGCUGAAUGAGGCCCGUUCGCAAACGCAGCCGAGGACAGGGGAAUCUGAGGAAGCAUUUCAAGACGAUGCGGUGGUUGAUCAAAUACAGCGAUGGUGGAGUACGGCAUAUCCGAUGGGUUAG